AUCAACGAUGGAGAGAAGGAUCAGUUAAAGGACAAGAUUGGCAGACGAUGGAGUUCGUUGGAAAAUUUGGGAAGGAAGGUGGAAAAUGUCGAAGAGAAUUCCUGUGGAAGCGGGAUGGAAGAUUUGUCGAUUGAAAGGCCAGUUCGAGGUAAAGAAAAGAGGACGAUCGGAUCUCUCAGGUCUUCGCUGGAGAGAAAGAUGGGCUCUGUGGAAAGGAUUCUGGAGGAUCAGAUGGAGAAAAUGUGGGAGCAGAACUUGGAGAAGCAUUCGUGGUUGUUGCCCAUAGAAAGUUGGAUUAAUGAGCGUUGUAGAUCCUCCUCUGGAACGCGUCCCGUUGUUCAAGAUGGGAAGAAUAGCGGUUUGGAAUUGGAGGACGGUGAGAAACAACCAUCCGAACGGAAUUACGAUUUUAAAUUUACCAGAUCUGAGGAGAAGGACGAGGAGGGAAGAAUAGAGAUUAAAUUGGACCAUUUGAAGAAGCCGGAAUUUGACGGUGCGAAUUUGAUUUCGAAGUUGAAGAAGUCUCUCCCUUCUGAACAGUCGAAGAUAGGGAAUCAAGAAGUUUUGGUCAUGAAGGACGUGAAGCAUCAUGAUCUGUUCGAUAAGCUGAAGGACAACGUUAAAGAGAAAAUGGAGGAUAUUCAUAGGUAUUUUCAAAGGACCAAUCGAUUGGCAGACGUAAAUAGGCGACUGAAGUCGCAGAUAUGGAGCUCCGUGGUAACGAUUGUUCUUGUAGAGGCGAAGAAUCUAUUACCGAUGGAUAUAGACGGUCUUUCGGAUCCUUAUGUCAAGUUUCGCCUCGGUACGGAGAAGUACAAGUCAAAAGUGGUGCACAAAACCUUGAAUCCCGUUUGGUUGGAGCAGUUCGAUCUCCAUCUGUACGAAGAUCCUUAUUUAGGCCAGGAGUUGGAGGUCACAGUCUGGGAUCGCGAUAAAAGCCACCAGGAUGACCUAAUGGGAAGAACGGUGAUCGAUUUGGCGACACUUGAACGCGAGACGACCCAUCGACUCUGGCGAGACCUCGAGGACGGCUCUGGGAACAUAUUUUUGCUGCUGACUAUUAGCGGCACGACCGCCAGUGAAACGAUCAGCGAUUUAGCCGCUCAUGAGGAAACACCUCGUGAACGUGAGCAAUUGUAUCAGAGAUACGCGUUGGCUAACUCGUUGCAAAGGGUGCGGGACGUCGGGCAUUUAACAGUGAAGGUAUUCAGAGCACAAGGUCUGGCGGCAGCCGAUUUGGGUGGCAAGAGCGAUCCUUUCUGCGUCUUGGAAUUGGUAAACUCAAGAUUGCAAACCCAGACGGAAUAUAAAACGCUGGCGCCAUGUUGGCAAAAAAUAUUCACUUUUAACGUGAAGGAUAUCAAUUCGGUGUUAGAGGUAACGGUGUACGACGAGGACAGGGACCAUAAAGUAGAGUUUCUCGGGAAAGUUGCUAUACCUCUUCUGAGGAUAAAGAACGGUGAAAAACGAUGGUACGCGUUAAAGGACAAAAAGCUGAGGGGUCGAGCCAAGGGGAAUUCCCCUCAAAUUCUCCUGGAGAUGACCGUAAUGUGGAACGUUAUCAGAGCCUGUAUGCGAACGUUAAAUCCCAAAGAGAAGAAAUACAUGGAACCCGAGAUAAAGUUCAAAAGACAGGUGUUCCUACGUAACGUUCUCAGAUUAAAGGCAAUCAUCGUUAUCGUGAUUGAUAUUGGAAAAUACAUGCAGAGCUGCUGGGAAUGGGAAAGUAAAAUGAGAAGCAUCAUUGCAUUGAUCAUCUUCGUUUUGGGUUGUUACUACUUUGAGCCUUACAUGUUUCCUGCAGCGGCACUUCUUAUCCUUUUAAAAUAUUAUCUGACAACAUGUAUAUAAAUCAUCUGCUUGACAACCUUUGCCUGCAUUGCUGCAUGUCCCUUGCUACCUGCCAGCUUUACGGAGAUGGAAGUGGGUUCAAUCAAUGGAUUUCCGGACAGGUUGCAAUGAUUACCGGUACGCCUUUAUCCCAUCAUUCGAGUUCCCAUUUCCACGACGAGGGUGAUGAAGGCCCAGCCACUCCUGGAGAUGACGACGACGACGACGAUGACAAGGACAAAGAAGAGAAAAAAAGUCUGAAAGAGCGACUGCAAGCGAUUCAAGAGGUGACCCAGACUGUUCAGAAUUCAAUCGGUUAUAUAGCCAGCCUCUGUGAAAGAGUGAAAAAUCUUUUCAAUUUCACUGUCCCCUAUCUGAGUUACUUAGCCAUGAUCCUGACGAUCCUCGGUGCCGCUGUUCUCUAUUUUAUUCCUUUAAGAUACCUUAUCCUGGCGUGGGGCGUCAAUAAAUUCUUCAGAAAAAUUAUCCGGCCUCACUCGGUUCCAAACAACGAGCUUCUUGAUCUUAUAUCUAGAGUACCCGACGACGAGGAACUUCUUAAUUACAGAGAGUUAAAACCAUUACCGACUGCUGACUGCGAGAAGGCUUCCACUUCGGGCAGUCCAGGCACGUCGAAUUUAACGCGGAGAGAGCAGAGGAAGAGGCAGAAGGCCGCG